CAACACCAGGCAAAUGCCUGCGGUGUGUGGAGGGGGCUCAAGGUUAAUUAACAUCCGCGCGCUCAGAAGUUUCAAUAAUCAGUGUUGACAAUUGCGUUCCCCCCCCCACCCCCCAACCACCGCCUCUUUUCUCUGGCCCCGUUCCUUUCUUCUGAAAUUCCAGCUCCACCUCUUCCUCGCCUCUGCCAUCCUCUCCGUGGAUUUCGCGUCCGGGCUUUCCCGGGCUCCGGCCGCCGGGAGAGGGUUAGUGCACGGGAGCGCUCCGGAAGCGGCGGGCAUGCGCACUGGGGGCGGCGCACUGCGCAUGCGGGAAGAUGGCGGGCUUGGAGUCCUGAGAGCCGUGGGUCACCCUGUUCUCUCGUCGGCGUUGUAUCUCCCGAGAUCGUGGGGCAGUGGCGCGUUCGUUCGCGGGCCGGCCUAGGCAGCGGCGCCCCCGAGCAGGCCGCGGGCCCGGUUCGUGCUCGGCCCCCGGGACCCGGCGUAUUGGGGGCGGCACCCGGCCGGAGCGGGAGAAGGCGGGAGAGCUCGCGGGGUGCGAGGCGAGGGACGGCCGGCUGGGCAGCAUGAGUCAGCAGCGGCCGGCGCGGAAACUGCCCAGCCUGCUGGUGGACCCGGCGGAGGAGACGGUGCGCCGCCGGUGCCGCGACCCCAUCAAUGUGGAGGGCCUGCUGCCAUCAAAAAUAAGGAUUAAUUUAGAAGAUAAUGUACAGUAUGUGUCCAUGAGAAAAGCUCUAAAAGUGAAGAGACCUCGUUUUGAUGUAUCUCUGGUUUAUUUAACUCGAAAAUUUAUGGAUCUUGUCAGAUCUGCUCCUGGGGGUGUUCUCGACUUAAACAAGGUUGCCACAAAACUGGGAGUGCGCAAGCGAAGAGUGUAUGACAUCACCAAUGUUUUAGAUGGAAUCGAUCUGGUUGAGAAAAAGUCUAAGAACCAUAUUCGAUGGAUAGGAUCUGAUCUUAGCAAUUUUGGAGCAGUGCCCCAACAGAAGAAGCUGCAGGAGGAACUUUCUGACUUAUCAGCAAUGGAAGAUGCUUUGGAUGAGUUAAUUAAGGAUUGUGCUCAGCAGUUGUUUGAGUUAACAGAUGACAAAGAAAAUGAAAGACUAGCGUAUGUGACGUAUCAGGACAUUCAUAGCAUUCAAGCCUUCCACGAGCAGAUUGUUAUUGCAGUGAAAGCUCCGGCAGAAACCAGAUUGGAUGUUCCAGCUCCCAGAGAAAACUCUAUCACAGUACAUAUAAGGAGCACCAGAGGCCCCAUUGAUGUGUAUUUAUGUGAAGUGGAGCAGGGCCACUCAAGUAGUAAAGUGUCUGAAGGUGCAGGCACCUCUUCAUCUAAAAACAAACAUCCAGAACACCCUGAUAAAGAAGAAAAUCCUCCACAGCAAAGUGAAGAAUUGCUUGAAGUGAGCAACUGAUAGCAUUUGAGAAUUCACGUACUGAAUUCCUGGGGAGCAUCCCGUGUGGAUGAAUUAUGCAUCAAAUUUGAUUCUCAGAGCAAUAAAUCAUCCAUGAAACUCUCUGGUUCUGUCACAGCGUCAAGGCCAGUGGUGGCUUUGAGAAGUUCACUACUUCGAUUACUGGAUAAUUAUGGUUUCUGCAUUUGAAAACAACUCUUUUUAUAAUUACUCACUGCUUUUUGUCAGUGAAAUAGACAUCUUGCCUACUGAACUCACUUCAUCAUGAAGAGAAUCACGGAGACAGAGGUCAGGCCUGAAGUGGACAGUGCUUCGCGGACUCUGCCCUUUCCUUCAAGGAUCGUGUGUCAUUAUCACAAGAGAAAUUGCCUUACACAGGUUUACGUCUGCGGUUAGCUGUUAAACGUUCGAUGGGUGUACACAGGCAUCUGAAUGUGAUGUCUUUGUAUAUAUCUGUAUAAUGUUUAGAUUACUUAUGUAAUAUGUCUAAGUCAAACUUUUCACCCUUGUAUAGCCAAAAUAAUGUAUAUAUGGAAAGUAACAGACAAAUUCUCUAAUUUCUGUGGUAUCUAUAACUUAUUAGAAUCCUCUGAAUGGGGGUUAGAGGAAAGUUUUUUCCAAACUUCUACAUGUAGAAGUAUCAUAAAUAUGCUAUACAUUUAAAGUUCAUGGAUUUAAUUAAAGGAUUUCAAUAUGGUUCCCAGUGCUGAAAUUGAAAUCUGAUAUUCUUGAUUUCAAGCUCCCUACAGGGUUAUUGUGUCUGAGCCGACUGGUGGCGCGCCCUAAAGCUUUAGGGACAAGUAUAGAAAUACUAUCAGGUAAUGGCUUAAUUCAUUGCAAGACGUGAAUUUAAUCAUGAUGAAAAUUGGAAACUAUUUUAACCUUUUUGCAAGCAGAUUUUGUAAUACGUUUCUGUAUGCAGCCUUGCUUUUCAAUCAAAGGGGUUUGCUUUUGAUGAGUUAGUGGUACCCUGCCCUCUCUCCAGCUCUAGUCCCACAUUUCCAAGUACCUAGCUCUCUCUACCUCAUUGGGUAAGUCAUUUACCACUCUGUGCCUCAGUUUACUCGGUAGUUUACCAUUAGACUGUGAGCUCCUUGAGGGACUUUGUCUUAAUCAUUGUUAUACCCGGCGCCUUGCACCAUGCCUGGCACAUCAAAAGUGCUCAAUAAAUGUUUG